AUGCUCCACGAAAUCCUCCUCUCGCUCUCCGGGCACCCGUCUGCGCUCUUCGAUGCCCCGGACCACGUGACAGCAACCGCACAUCGUCUACUCUCUCCGCCCGAAGCAGAGUUGCUGUCUUCCAUCGGCCAUCUGUCGCGUCUGCAUCGAAGUACACGCGAUCAUGUCGCCAGAAUUUCCGUGUCUCACCCUUCAGUCAUCUGUAGGGCAGUUGCUACUUCGAUUACUUCUUACCACCUCGAACGGUUCCAACGCAAAGUGCUGGAAGUCGAGAGUCGUAUUCUGAAACAAGAUGCUUCUAUCGUGGGCGCGUACAAUAUCGUACCUUUAGCUGGGGUCGUGAGCGAGUUCUCCGAAUGGACUAGAGUCAUGGAAUGGCUGCGGGACAUCAGCAACUACAUGUUACCAUCGGAUGUUCCUGCAAAGUUCGAGAAAAUGAUCGGACAGGCUGCCUCUGGAGCUGCUGUCAUCGAUAAGCUGCGGGGUGAAGCCCAAACAGGCUACCCGGAUAUCGAAGAGGCCGCCCGAGGUUUGAGCAAGGUUGCAGAGACAUCGUGGCUGCGACAGCUAUCCACCUGGUUGCUAUAUGGCCGACUCCCAUCGUUUGGGCGCUCGGACUUCUUUAUUCAGCAAGACGACGAAGACGCGGACGAGCAAAUUUUUGUUCUACAGAACAAGCUACUACCCAAAUUUGUCACAAGGCAGACGGCUCUUUCUAUUCUCUUUGUUGGUAAAUCGCUCAACCAGAUUCGCUCGUUGCCGUCGGCUGUGAAGGUAUUGGACGCAUCGAACUCAGUUUCAGAGCUUGAUCUGUUGCCCAAGCAUGUUCAACAACUCUCUCGAGUGAGCGCACCAGUAUCAACAGCCAUGCUUUCCGAGGCAAUUGCGAACAUCCGUCUUUCACUAUCUCGAAACCUUCUGCAGCAUCUCUUACCGCGCGAGAGAAUUGUCGAGACACUGACGGUGCUACAUCAGUUCUUUCUGAUCGGAAGAGGAGAGUUUGCCUUGACACUGAUCGCAGAGGCAGAUGGCAAGAUCUCGUCCCGGCACAAAGGCUCACAAAUCAACAAGCCUGGUCAAUCCGUCAGGGGCGUCAUCAUCAAAGAAGCGGAGAUCAAUCAGGUCCUCGCACGUUCGUUCUCUGUUCUCUCAACCCUAUCUAGCGAAGACGAACACACGGACGACAUUUUGGAUGUCGCAACUCAACUCUUACAUCUCAGCACCAACAACACGUCUAACAACCGUCCGGGGACACCAGGGCGCGCCAAGGAUGCGGACUCGAUGCUUCCACAGCUUGCCAACAUGUCCUUUGACGACCUACUGCUAUCAGUACCAACGUCUUUGACGAUGGACAUACGCUCACCUCUUGACCUGUUCAUAACGAAGGCAGAUCUUGAUGUCUAUUCAUCCAUCAAUGCUUCCCUACUCGCUGUCCGAAGAGCCCAUCUACAUCUAGCUGAGCUUUGGCGAUACAGCUCGAUACGAAGGGAUCAUCCUUGCCCGCCCGGGUAUCAAUACAGCAACUCCGCGCACGGUAAAGCAAUGCUCAAGCGACGUCGACAACGCACUACGAAGCGAGCACAGGACAUGCGGAAGAUCUGGGCGACUUGCGCAGCCGCUAUCUUUUUCUUUGCAGAGAGCGAAGCUUACUUUCACGGAGCAGUUAUACAGCAAACCUUUAGCCAUUUUAUCGCAUGGGUCACUGUUCCCCAAGGAUCUUCGUCAACGGAAACAGCAAUAGCAGCCUCCGACCGUACAAACACAACUAGCUUCCGCGAGUCCGUGACAGAAGGGGAUCUACAGAAGCAGCAUGAUCCAGAAGCGCUAGCUUCAGCACAUCGCCGCUUUCUGUCUUCGGUCGCAUACUCUCUUCUCCUUACUGACCAGCCAUUCACAAAGGCGCUGCGUACACUAUGCACCCACGUCGACGAGCUAGUGGCAUACAUCACACGUCUCACAAAGAUACAGCAAAAUCUGGAUCUUGAAGAAGAUGAAGGCAUAGAAGAUUACUCGCAAAACUACAAGAAAGAAGAGAGUGAGGUCAGUCUGGAGAUGGAUCGUGCGAGGAGAAGGCUGGAUAGCGAUCUCAAAGCACUUGUAGAGCGGCUGCGUGAGAUUGACAGUGAGAGGAUCGGAGCUUCUGCGCCAGGUACAGAAACUGGAGCGGCGAUGGAGGAAGGAGCCUACGAACCGUUGAGAGUAGGUGGUAUUGAUCGUCUUCUGAUGAAGCUGGACUGGAGCGGCGAAGAUGAAGAAGAAGAGCAUGAGGACUUGAUAUGA